ACUACUGGAAGGUACAAAAAUGGCGGCAAGGUCAGCUUAUAAAUUCGGACAAAAUUUAAAGGAAUUAAGAAUUCAUCUCUGCCAAAAGUCGGCAGCAAGCAAGGGUGUACGGGAUUUUAUUGAAAAUCAUUAUGUACAAUUGAAAAAAAGUAAUCCGCAAUUCCCUAUUUUAAUAAGAGAAUCCCGAGAUGUUAAUCCUGUCGUUUGGGCUAGAUAUGCAUACGGAAAAGAAACUAACGCUACUUUACUAAACAAGUCAAAAGAUGAAGUUUUCGACAUAGUCCAAUCAUUAGCGAAGUGA